AUUGAUCAAGUAAUAUGAUGUCUACUUGUUUAUAUCAAUAACAAUCAAUGAUAAUUAAUUGAAAUUCUAUCAAUAACAAAACCAAGCUCAAAAAAUAGCCUUAAAACGUAUCAAAACAUAUGUAAACAUUAAAAUAUGUAAUGCUGUCUUGAAACUGUCGCCAGGUUCUCUGGUCGGUUAACCAGUUUCAUUCAAGAAGACUAGAAAAUGGAAAUACGUGGAAAUAUUUCAUGGUUUCAUUAUUAAUUAUUAUAAGCUAAUUAGCUACCACGACAAGACGACAAAGAAAAUAAAAAUCACUGAAAUUCACUAUUUUGAAGACUGAAUCGACGAUUUCGGAACGCAGCCCAACUGCCCAAGUGACACUUUAGCAAAUUUAGAAAGAGAAAGAAUACUUUAUUUACAUUUUUAAAAACUAAUGUAAUGUGUAUUGUAGUUUUUUUUUAGUAUUAAACAUAAAAACUAUAGUGUGAUGAUAAUUAUUUUAAUGUUAUAAUCAUAUCGAUAUAAAAAUGGCAAGUAAUAAAAGUACAAAAGAAUUGUUAAUAUCAAUUGUCGAUGAUAUUGAACUUAUAGCAAAAGAAAUGAUUGAAAAUACAAUAGCUCCAAAAACAUCAAAAUUAUCAACAAUAGAACAUGGACAAUUGACAGAUCUUUUAGUUGUAAAGGACAAUGAAUUAAAAAGCAUGUUAAAAAGAGCUGAUGAACAGGCUAAAACAAAUUUAAGAAUGGAUGCAUUGAAAGCUGAAGUUGAAAGACAAGAUCAAGAUAUUCAACAAUUACAAAAAAAACUUAAAGAAGCUGAACAAAUAUUAGCAACAGCAAUUUAUCAAGCUAAACAAAAAUUACAAUCAAUUGCACGAGCUAAUAAACGACCAGUACCAUCUGAAGAACUCAUUAAAUUUUCACAUAGAAUUAGUGCAUCAAAUGCAAUAUGUGCACCACUAAGUUGGCAACAGGGUGAUCCAAGAAGGCCAUAUCCAACUGACAUUGAAAUGCGUCUUGGAGUUCUGGGUCGAUUAAAUGAAUCACCAUCAAAUGGUCAAAUGCUUGGUUCACAUGCGGGAAUAACGUCUGACCUUCAACGAACAGGACAUCCAGCAGAACCACUUAUGUCAUCAGCAAACCAGUUUGCUUGGCAUCCUUCUGGGGAAAUCCAUAUGUCAAUGGGUGGACAAAGUGUUGCCAUUAAUACUCAUAAACAGGAAAAUGAAGAUGUUGAAGUUAUGUCAACAGAUUCAUCAAGCAGCUCAUCAAGUGAUUCCCAAUAAUAAUUAGUAUAAAAAGUUUUACAAUUAAUUAGAUUUUUUUCACUGUAAAUUUUUUGUUUUUUUCGUUUAAUAACAAAUUUUCAUUUGAUAAAAGUAUGGCUGGUAAAAAACUGUGAAGAGUUUCAUCUGGUAUAUGUUGUUCUGGAUGAGCCUAAAAUGAACAAAACAAAAAAAGAAUUUCAUUAUCAUUUAUAAAUAUUUAAAUUUAUUUUUCAUUUAUUUAUUUCUAAUUAUUCAUUAAAAAAAAAAAAAUACUUACAUUUAAAAUAUUUCUAUUGAAUUUUUUAUUUUCAAAUGCAACAUUUCCAUUGUUAAAAUUAAAACCAAAUAAAUCACAAUCUCUUUUUAAGUUUCCCAAGUCUUCGUAUAAUAAAAUUUCCUUUAAUUUAUAAGCAGAAAAUGUUUGUUUUUGACUAUUAUAAGAACAGCUCAUAAUUUCAAAAGUAUCUCUAUAACAAAAAAAGAAAAAAAAUUAAAUAUUAAGUAAAUUUAAAUAUUCAUGACAAAUACCUUCUAAUGUAUUGCAAAUUUCUGAUAGCUGCGAUGCUAAAUAGUGAUGGUAAUUUUCUAAUUUCACGACAUACUCUUGCGUAAUUUUUCACGUGACAUGCAAGAGAUAUUUUAAGUGCCUUUUUAAUGUAUGGUUCUUCUCUGUAAGCAAUUUAAAAAAAUACAUAUAUUUUUUAAAACA